AUGGAAGAAGCAAGUGGCCAAGUGCCAGGCAGUACAGGUAAUGAGGUAAAGAACUAUUGGAAUAUGUAUACUUGCAAAAAGUUGAGCACUAAAUCCUGUUCACCAGGUGUUCUUGGCGGAGGAGGCGACAUGAAGAAGGUGGAAGAGAGGAAUGGCCAUGGGGGGGGUGAAGGGGGAAGGCAGCGACUUAAGGUCAUGGGCAGUGCGGAGGGUGUGGGCGGCCCCUGUGGAACCCCAGCUGUCCACUGUGGCUUCCCACAGUGGCGGUUGUCAUCCCCUGUGGGUUUCCACAUCGGCGGUCACUGCCGCUGGGGGUUGCCCGUAGUGGCGAGUCUCAUCCCACCCACUGCGGAUGACCUAGAGCGAGCAAUGGCUCGCUCAUUGUGGUGGCCGCAGGGGGAGCGGAGGCCCCUUCCUUGA